UGUUGACUCUUAGUUAAACGUGGAGUCGCGCGCUAUGAUUCAUAAAUGUGGACUUUGAACCACAUCAUGCUUACACUGUUUAAAGAGAGAGAGAGAGAGAGAGAGAGAGAGAGAGAGAGAGAGAGAGAGGGUGUGAUGACUCUUGUGUUAUUUUCCCAUGACUAAUCCACCCAACUAGCCGAGAGUGAAGGUAGCUGAAUCCGCUCCUCGGAGUGUAUUAUUUGACAUGGAUUACAAAAGAAUUGAAGUGAAACCAAGCAAGUCGAGAUUUUUGUUUGACUCUGCACCAUCUUGCUGUUAAUUUCUAACCUCAAGUCACGCGGUGGAAAACAAUGCGGGCCUCUCUCAACAACGUGACACACCCAACGCAACCACGUGAAGAAAAAUGCUUAGGAGACUCUUCAUGUUUACUCUUUAAGCAAAAUGUUUCUUUUUCGUUGGCCUGUUUGCUGUUUUUUACUAGCAUUUCAUAAAUCGGCCUACGGUUGGGCGGGAUAUGACGUCUCAGAAGUCACAUGUUCGCAGGGUCUCUCUGAGUGCACCGUGGCGGAUGAGAUGCCGCUCGGCAUCUCGGAGAGUGACGGUGCUGAUGUGCAGAUGGUGACAGCGAAAGUGGAGGUGUGCUGCGAGAACAACGCGCCGUGCACGCUGUGUCUGCUGGUAGACGCCGAACUCUCCAUCCACGUGGGUGAAGACGUGGACAAAAGCCGCUCAGGGCACGACACGGAGAAUGACAGAGAGGGGGCAACAAUUUCGACAGUUUUGAUCUGUGCAGCAGCGUCUGUGACGUUAUGUUACAAAACACCGCCGACUUUUCCAGCAUGCAAGAGGGUGGACUUCACUGUCUGUCCUACAGAACUUAAGCAGAAAGUGGCAAAGGUAUCCUUGGUGAUUACUAAUCCAGCUGGGGUUUCCUUCAGCAGUAUUGUGUACAUUUAUCCUUCGAAAGCGUUACAUCUAAUUGAAGUCGUGGCUCCCUCUCUAAAUGAAGUGUGCUCCCAAAACCUGCAGAAAUCCAUCAAAGACUGUUACAUGCCCACAGUCAACAGUGUAAUUAACCAAGAAAUGAAUCAAGUGGAGCUGAAAUUGGCUGGAAGGCACAAAGUAUGCAUCCAGUAUGAGGCAGAUGGAAGAUGCCAGAGUUGGGAGAGUAAAACCAUCCCACUGCACUCCGUGACCCCCUGCUUGUGUCUCCAGGUUUGGGAUGAUGACAAGCCCAGACGCUCUCAGAGCUGCCCCUUCAAAAACAUGGGUUUCCUUCAGAAGAACGUAUGGCAGAACCUGACUGCCUCUGUGCGCCACGGUCGAAUGAACAACAAGGGUCAAAUGCUGCUGUGGAACUUGUCCGCCCCAUGCAGGCUGGAGGGGGAGGUGUGGCCCUGUCGGUGGACUUCGGGUCACCGUUGCACUGAAAUUGAGGGUUUCCGGCAGCAGCUGGGGAAUACGACAUGGGAGCAAAACAGUGACGUGCAAUGGGUCAAAAUUGGUGUUUUUGAAGACAUUAAUCUGCAGCUGUCACCGUGUGUGAUGGUGAAUUUAAGGGGCGGGGACCUUCACCUCGGGCCUUUCUGCUCUCAUCAGACCGCAAGGUGGCGCUGGAAUCUGCUUGCCGUGGCUGUUUUGCUGGUGAUCGCCUUGGCAGCACUGAUGUCAUGUCUUCGUCACGACUUUGUCAAGAUUGGCAGGAAAGGUCACGUGGUGCUCCUGAGUCCCCCAGAUAUUCACGAUGAUUUUUCUGAAGUUUGUGGCCUGGGCUCCCUGCUGAAGAGCCAGGGCUUCAGUGUGUCUGUGGACCAAUGGAGCAGGAUGGAGCAGUGCAACCUGGGGCCCCUGCCGUGGCUUCACUCCCAGCUGCUGCACGUGAAGAACCUGGGAGGCCGCGCGGUGCUCAUCUUGACUCGCAAAGCCUUGGGGCUGGCGCACGAGUGGAGCCGGCAGCAGCCGGAAGCUCUCCAGGCGGGGAGAGGAGACGGGAACGUGCCUCAGUCGCCGUACUCGGAUGUGUUCUUGGCCUCCCUGUGCCUCAUCCUGGUGGACAAGCGGCAAGGGAGGACUGGAGAACGUUUUCUGCUGGUCACAUUUGAUCAGGACGUGGUGCAGCCUCCUGGUAGCUUACCAGAGCCGUUUCAGGGCCUUCAUUUGUUCCAGCUUCCCUCUCAGAUGAAAACUCUGUUGUGUGAGCUCGCCGGGGGAGGAAACAGGAAGGUAGACGGUGGAAAGUCAAAGGCCGGCUGGAAAUGGGGAAUCUUGGAUGGGUGGAAAUUAAAGACUAAACAUGCAACAUGCAGCCAGGGUACAAUACCUGCACAGUGUAAAUAUUCUGGAAUUUAGAGAUCAUGUUGAACAUUUGUUCCACUGUGGAAUGAAGAGACAUAACAAAGGGUAAGAAAUGUCAUGAGAAUAUGACUGAAAUGUUAUUUUUAUUUGAACAAUAUUACUGGUGUUCUUUAUUUACUGGAUUGUCAUAGUUGGAUUGGUAAAUGAUCUGGUAGGAUUAACAAAAACAGCAGUUAUCGUUAUAUCACAGCAAUGGAGGGUCGUACAUUUUGUUAGCCCAAUAGCAUAAGUUAUGAAGGUAUUUUUUUAGCUUACUGUCAAGAUAGUAAUUAAAACAAGAUAACGUGGUUGCUAAAAAUUUAUUUAUUUUUUUUCUUUAAUUGCAUGGCGCAAAUAGUAGAAUUUAGAUCUGUCCAAAUAUGAGAUCCAAUACAAGACCAGUACAUGCGACUAGUUUGGUAUAAAAAUAAUGAUUCAUAAUACGGACUUAAUGGAUAACGGAGGUUGUUGACAGAAAGAAAGUCACUUUUAUUUGAUGGAUAUAAACAAGCUGGCCAACACUCAAUAGUAAUAUUCAGUUACAGCACACACAAUAGCAAACUGGGGCACACAGGACAGCCUCCUAGCUUUAAAAACAGGAAACAUUUAAGAGGAUCCAUGCUUCUGGCAAAACGUCCCCCACAGUUUUUCUUUUAUAGGUUCAUCCUUUAAUAGAUUGUUUCACAUCACUUUUCCUCUUGUAUUUUAACACACACACACACACACACACACACACACACACGCUCAUUGCCUUAAAAUAAGAAAUGCCCACACACACGCUGUUUUUCUGAAUAACAUUUACACCAGCAACCCCAAAACACAUGCUGCACUCUCACAAAUCUGAACAGGCUGUUUACUAAAGGGUGGAUUGGGGUGGGGUCACAGUAAAUGAGACGCACAUCACUCUCAAACACUGACAUCACACCGCCACGAUGCAAGGGUGAGGAAUGAUGCUCCACGUUCACACAAGUAAUCAUUCAGCAUGCUGGACACUCACAUUGAACUUGCUCCUAUAGGUCAGUACUGUACAGCUCAGAACAAUUUACUUUUACAAAUAGUACAGUCUCCAACGGGCAUCUGCAACAAGCGGAAACGAUAGAAAAAAAAUAAAGCUAACUUAAUACAAAAACUAAUAUAAAAAAAACCCAUUUUUUUUCUGGCAUUGAUCACAGUGAUUUGUUCAAUAUAAGGUUUUUGUACAGUUAAAAAAACAAACAAAGUGAAAGUGUUUUAAGCUCUGUAUAGUCCCCCCCCCCCCCCCCCCUCCCCCUAAAAACUCACGGAAAUAUCACGCACACAGCAUUAGUCAAUGUUUGACCACGUUGUGGAGGCAUCUGGCUGCACAGAGAACAGCACAUAAUGUAAACAAAAAAUACAAUAAAAUAAUAAUAAUAAAUCAGCACAAAUGGGCACGUUUGAAAUGCAAAUGAUAUAUUUCAUGGUAGGAGAAGCCCCUACUUCAAGUAUUCAGUGGAUAAGGACCUGAAAAGGGAGGCUUCAUACUCAGCCCUCCUGAUGGUAAAGUGAGAGGAUCUCAUUUAUUGAUGGAUUUUUCUUUAUUUUUUUUUAUUAUUAUUAUUAUUUUUGCUCCUCUGUCUGUUUGUAUUGUCUUACACUAUAAAACAAAACCUUAUCAUGAUCAUACUGCUGAUAAUUGUAAACACAAACACAAUCUGGAGAUUCUUGAAGCUUCAUGUAGAAAGCAGAUGAUGCCUUAGUUGUGGACGGUUGGAAAAAUACAUGGAUAUUUAUAUAUAUUUACGUAUAUAUACACCAACCAACACUUGGCCAAUACUGAGGAGACAUCAUGUGAGGAAAGGGGGCGGGGCGAAAUGGAAGAGUUUAGUAACAGUCGAAUUCAGUUUCCACUAAACUGAAACGUGUCAUAUAUCACCACUUGUGUAUACAGGACGACAACACAAGAAAAGUCACGAAAAAGAAAAUGAAGAUCCUGACAGAGUCACUCCGCACGUGUUCAUAGUGAUAUCUUCACUCACAAGUGCAAGUUCUAAACGGGCAGCACACAUCAUUGCUUUAAUGGAAGUUGCUAAAGUUUAUUUAUGUAUUUUUUUUUCUUCCUCUGAUUUGUCACAACGGGCCAACUAAGUGUGAACGCACGGUCCGAGACAGAGGUUUUCAAAGUGUGGAACAGUGAACCUCCCUUAUUUUAAAAACGCUGUCAAAACCUCAUUGCAAGGUCUUUUGAGAUUUCAAACCAGGGAAUUAUUAUUCUUUGUUUUUUAGAUUAUUCCAGUAAUUCAUCACUGCACACUAUGCAGUGCUACGUUUUUGGCAUCUCAACAUCGUUAUGUACAGUUUGUAAGUCAUUUUAAUAUCUUGCCAAGACUGCCAUCAUUAACAAAGUGAUUUUCUGGAACCAAUUUUGAGUUUAUUGCUUCCCACAAUCUCCUCGCUCUGUAGAUGCAAAAAAAGAAAAAAAAAUCAAUUCUGCUUCUAGCUGAAGUUAGCUUUGCAGGUUUAAAAAUAUAUUGUUUUUCUUUAUUUCUCUCAAGCUGCUGCGCAUCCCCUGAAGAACUUUAGCGGCCACUUUGAAAACCUCUGGACUAAGAUGGAGGAAGGAAUGUAAUAUAGGAAAAAGGAAUGUAAAUUUAUUUUCUACAAAGAUUUAGAUGAGCGUUAUUCUUUCUUUCUUUCUUUUUUGCGCUGUAUGUCUGUAUUUUCAGACAGGGAAUGUUAGUCUCUAAGAGUUUUUCUCCAGAUGUAAAAAAAAACCACUUAACAUACUUCACAACCCCACCAUUCAGUUAAAAAAAAAAGAACCAAUAAAGAAACAGCAUUUUCUUUUUUAA